AUGAAAGAAACAGAAUCAAAAUCAACAUAUGAUCUGUCAAAAACUGAUCCGAAAUGUGCCGAGUGGAUGGAUGAUUGUAUCAAAAGACUUUAUAACCUCAAAGUGUCCCCCGAGAAUUCCAUUGCCUCAAUCAUGUCAAUCGACGAAAUCACGGCAAUUCUCCGAUUAAUUGAACCAAUUCUCAUGGAAGAAAAUAGUCUUCUGGAAGUGCAAGCACCGAUUAAAAUUAUCGGAGAUCUACACGCAGAUUUUGAUAACUUGAUGAGACUUUUCGGUUUGAUCGGAAAAGUUCCAAAGGAGAAAUUGUUGUUUUUGGGAAAUUAUGUGGAUAUGGGAAUGGAUGGAAUUGAAGUGACACUGAUGUUGUUUUGUCUCAAAAUUCGAUAUAGAGAUCGCAUUUUUCUGUUGAGAGGGAACCAUGAGACACCGGGUGUUAAUAAGUGUUGCUUCAAUAGACUCCCGAUGGCUUGUCUCAUUUCACAAAAAGUACUUUGCAUGCAUGGAGGAUUGUCACCUGAACUCACGACUCUCAACAAGAUUCGAUCGAUUGAAAGGCCGAAUGAACCGAUUUCGAGUGGGUUGGAGAUGGAUUUGUUAUGGGCGGAUCCGACGAAUCGAGGAGAUGGAUGGUUUCAAUCUUAUCGAGGAAUCAGCUAUCUAUUUGGAAAACAAGUGGUCGAACAAGCGUGCAAAAGACUGAAAAUCACUCUCAUCAUCCGUUCUCACAUGGUAAUUUCUGAUGGGUUUGAAGUGAUGACUGGACGACGUCUGAUUACCGUAUUCUCGGCGUCGAACUAUGCUGGAACUGUCCAUAACUCGGCAGCUGUUCUUUGUGUCAAUGAGAAAUUGGGGGUAACCCAUCAGAAGCUGACACCGAUCUCUUCCCUUUCACACCCUUCACAAGUUACUCUGCCAACUACUCCUCUCACUGCUGACCUGGACUCUGCCAUCGCUAAUUAUGAUAUGAAAAUUGUGAAGAGAUUCGUGAAAUUUUAA